AUGGAGGACUAUAACACAGAAGCAGAUGUGCCAAGGACAGACAAAAAGUACAUUUCCUACCUACCAAUCGUUUUAGAGAACAUGAUUAAGAUAAACAGAGGGAAUGGAAAAAUCACGAGCUUCCAUGCAUCCAAAGUGCCAGACAUAUCCAUUAAGAAUUAUGUUGAACGGAUUGGAAAAUACACAGGGUGCAGUAAUGAAUGUUUUGUCCUACUAAUGAUAUACCUAGACAGAAUUGUAAAAAUAAAUACGGACAUUACUUUGUCUCUUCUCUGUAUCCAUAGAUUACUCAUAACGGCCAUAAUGAUUGCUGCAAAAUUUUUCGAUGAUUUAUAUUAUUCGAAUGCUUUUUAUGCCAAGGUUGGAGGGGUUUCUACAGAAGAGAUAAACAAAUUGGAAGGCACGUUUCUCCACCUCAUCGAUUACAAUUUGUUUGUAUCAUCAGAAGAGUACAAUCUAUACAGACACUCCAUAUCUUUGGCCGUCGAACGGUACUUGCGCAGAACCCAUGUUGACGGGAAAGUCGGAAUAGGGGCAGAUAAGAAGGGGGGGCACACCCACGGGGGUAACCAUCAUGGGGGUAAAUGCACCAGCAAAUAUCCCGGCGAAUAUCCCAGGAAAUGCGGCAGCCGUCCUGCCCCUGUUGUAAAACCCUAUAAUUUGUUUAACUACAGCACUGCACAGAGGACCAAUAUUAUGUUCCUUAAACCGGGAAAUGGCGCUCAUAAUUUUCAGCCUCCGCGCGGGGGGUAG